CAACACAUCAACCUACUAAAUAGGAAACCACCGAUAUCGCAUUUCUAAACGAAAAGUCUGCUAUGUUCUAGCUUUCAAUCGGUGGGCUUUUAUAAACACGGUUGAGUUCAGCUUGAGCUGCCGCUGAAAGAUUUCGAGACAUAUCCUCGAAGACUUAGGGCUAUACCUUCAAACAUGCUUCAAGCUUGUUUCUUUUAGGUCAUACGGCAACGAUACAGCAUUAGCCUGUUGACCCAUAGUGUUGUGAUAAUUCCCCCCGGGGUUUCAGCGCUGUAGCCCACCCCCGUGAAAGGUUUCAACUCCUAGGGUCGAACCGGGAGUUCGGUGCGGUGUGUUUACGUACAACCUUGACUUUGUACCCUGUACGUCUGGAAUUGCUGUAGACGCUAAUAACAACAGUCAGUAACAAAGAGAAGGAGGAGUGGAACGUCUUCUGCCACACAGAGCAGUGUGCGGUUUUCAGGGGUGUUUGGUGGAAAUAACGACGAUGGCGCAGAAAAGAAAUCAAGUGUUCCGGAUUCACAUCCCAACUGACGCACUUUCCAUGAGAGCAACCCUUCACCAGGAAACUGAUACAGCAGUCAUCAUGCCAACCAACAGCAACUCAAACUCUAAAGUGAACAGCGCCACCAAUAUGCAGAGCAGAAUCGGCUUUCUCCAGCAGCCGAAUCCGGAAUAUAUACACCAUUCGGAACUCUCAUCUGAGACCACGACACGUUGCCAUGGUGAUUUCAUCAGCAACACUACUCGUGAUCCAAAUUGGGGACCAUACUUUAAAUCCAGAGCUAACUUUGUAGACCUACACGUCUCGUAGAAUUGUGAGAAGAAGCAUGAGAACAAACGAGAUUAUGCGAGAUCAGUGGACAACUGAUGCUAAAUGCGCUGUUGAAGAUUCUGAUGAUGUAUGUACAUUGUAUGUACAUAAUGUUGUGUUAUUCAUCGUUACCCAACGGCCAGACUUGACAUUUAUUUGAACCAUGGUAAGACAAGCAAGGACACUCGAUGUAAAAGUCCAUGGGUCCUUACCUUUUCGUCGUGUGGCUGGAAGCCCUGCAUGAACCCACGCACUUGUUUGACACAACAGUCCCACCACUUCCUGGAUCAAAAUUCCAGAAUGCCUCCCCCAAAAAUGCGCAACCCUGCUCUAUUGUUGCUGAUAUGAACAGACAAAGGAGAUGUUCGGGGUGAAAUUGAGACAUCAUUAUUUCAUCACUAAGGAGGAUUUAAUCAAAUAGUCGAGAGAAUAAAACGGUCCUCAUAAACGUGGGCAUUAUUGUCUGAGCUCUUGUUUUCUUUCAAGGCACAUCGAUUCAGCAUUUUGAUUUUGUAUAAUAGUAGUCGUAGAAUUGGACAAUACGUGCACGGUUGAUUUCAACUGAGGUAUGCAUUUUGUCGAUUAAACUCUCUGCUUUUGCUAAUUUAUAUCUAAGAGGGGACUGGCCAUUGCAUAACUUCGUCGUCAUUGCGCUAGUGUUGCAAUGAGUUUCGUCAUUGUAAGGAACAACAACUAAUUGGGUGGCCUUCUCAUAAAGUACUCUAUCUUUUGUCCAAAAAGAAAAAAAGACCCUGAAAUCUUUGUUAGCCUGUACCCGUCAUUUGGCGCCGAUCGACCCGGCUCGGGCCAACAGCUCAUCGGUCAAAAAUUCGGGUUGGGCUGAUGAUGAGGCAAAACAAUUUUUUUUCGGUUAAAACAUGCCAAUUUCAAAAUAGAGUUUGUUAGGUCAGGAAUAUUUUCUUUCUUUCUUCUCCUCUUUGCCUAGUGUUUUCCUUUUCUCUUUUUCCUUUACUCUUGAAGAUGGAAACAAGUUUAGGGUCCCGGCGUCAAAUUAGAGUUGAUCAAGUAACCGGAAAAUGGGGAGGGGGGGCGAUAGGGGCACGGGUCAGGCACCUCUUAGGUCAGGCCAAGCUCCUUAUGCCUUCCUCCGUGAGUAAAACAUGACAUUUCCACUUCAUGUUCACAUGUCCACGUGAAAUUUACUCAUUUCUUGAUGUCGGGGAAUGUUAACCACAAAGUUGAUUCAUUCGACCUGUUGAACCUGGGGCCAGUCACUGAACUGGACCAGCAGCCGAUUUCACGAAACGCUACAGGAUAAAUCCCAUCUCGAGUUAGGACGAGUAACUCGUCCUAACUUG